AUGCCGCCGGCCCCGCAACUCGUGGAAAUUGACACGGCAAGCGACCUCCUUUGGUUUCAGUGCCUGCCCUGCACUACUUGCUUCAAGCAAUCUCCUCCUCUUUUCGAUCCCGCCAAAUCGUCGACCUACUCCAAUAUCCCUUGCGGUUCCGAGGAUUGUAGGAUUUCUCGUGGCAAGUGUGACGCAUAUAACAAGUAUUGCCUUUACCAGAGGUCGUAUCUUGACGGAACCUCCACGGCCGGUAACCUCGCCUCUGAGCAAGCAACCUUCGAGACUUCCGACGAGGGCACUAUAAGGGUACCGAUUAAGGUGUUCGGAUGCGGCCACGUGAACAAAGACACUGUGGAUGCGCAAGAAAGUGAGAUAUUAGGACUAAGUGAAGGUUAUGCAUCCUUAACUCAUGGUGCUUCCAAGACCAAACCCAUGAAACCUCCGCGAUUGGCCAUGACACUUGUCCACCCUGAUUCUAUCCAUUCUCCUUAUUACAACCCAAACGCCACCGCCUACGAUUUAGUUGAACGUGCCAUCAAUGGUUCAAUUGCGCGCAUUCUCUCCUUGAGCAAACGAGUUGCUGGUCCAAACGACUAUGCCUUCCGUGCCGGUCUUAUUGCAGACAAUAGGGGAAUUGCGUUCAUCAUGAAGAUACCAGUCGGCACACCACCGGCACCACAGCUCUUACUUAUCGACACAGGAAGCGACCUCUUCUGGUUUCAGUGCAAACACUGCAUCUCCUGCUUCAAACAAUCUGCUCCUCUCUUCGAUCCCGCCAAAUCCUCAUCGUACUCCAAUAUCCGUUGCAACUCUGCUGCAUGUGCUCAUUCCACAGGCGAGUGCGACAGAGAUAAGGCAUGUUGUACUUAUCUCUUUUCAUAUGUUGAUGGAGCCGGCACACGCGGUAACUUUGCAUCUGAAAACGUGACUUUCGAGACAUCUGAUGAGGGAACGAUGGUAAUACCAAUUAGAGUGGUCAGAUGCGGUCAUGAGAAUAAGGGCAGCGUCGAUGGGCAAGUAACGGGCACAUUAGGGUUAAGUUAUCAUUACUACGCAUCUCUUGUUCAACAGGUAGGUUCGAAAUUCUCCAUCCGCAUAGGCGACAUACAUGACCCGCACUAUCAGUAUAAUCAACUGGUCCUCGGGGAUGAUUCAGUGCUCGAAGGCCAUUCCACAACCCUCGACAUGUAUGGGGUUCACCAUUACGUGAACCUCCAAGGCAUAAGCGUCGGCGAGACCAGGCUAAAGAUCGAUCCCGGAGCAUUCAAAAGAGCGCCUUCUGGACAUGGCGGAGUUGCCUUAGACUUGGGAUCGGUACUGACAUGGCUGAAGGGAGAUGGUUAUGUCCCACUGCACGAUGAAGUUCGAAGAUUGCUUGACCCACGCUUACGUCGGGUGGAAUACGGGCACAAUCCGGAGUUCUUAUGCUAUGUUGGGACGAUGCAGAAGGAUCUACAACAGUUUCCAGUUGUAACGUUCCGUUUCGAAGACGUGGCCGAGCUAGUCCUCGACAUCGACAACAUGUUCUUCCAAGUGAAGCCAAACAUGUUUUGCAUGACAGUGGUUCAAUCGGAUGUCAAACUUCAGGUUUUGACCCUAAUUGGAGUGUUCGCACAACAGUUCCAUAAUAUCGGGUAUGACAUUCUAGCAAGAAAGCUCUUCAUUCAAAGGAUAGAUUGUGGCCUUCUGGAUCGUGCUUUUCCGUGA